AUGAAGCUCCUGCUCAGUUUGGCUGUGUUGGUGGUGACUUUGGGUGUCCUCAAUUCUACCCCUGACGCCGAACCCAUCUCAGAGGACACCUUAACACAGUUGUCUCUGGAUGGCGAGAAACUGGUGGACGAGGAGGUGAGGAGAGCUCUGUAUGGGGUGAAACAGAUGAAGGAGGUGAUGUGGAGGAAUGAGCAAAAGCAUGAGCACCUCAUGAAGUCCCUCCAGCAUAGCAAUGAAAAGAGAAAGGGGGCAGCCCAACUAGCUAAAGAUGUGACAGAGAAGCUGGAGGAGGCAGAGGAGCAGUGUAAAGACUCCCUGCAGUCUGAGUGGGAGGAGUGCAGACCCUGUCUGGAGGAUGCUUGUAAAACCUUCUACACCUCCACCUGCCGCAGGGGCUUUGCCACUUUCCGUGCCAAGGUGGAGAACUUCUUCCACAGGGUGUCCACACGCUUUGGCCCCCGUGAACCUCGCACUGAUGCAGGGGACAUCUUGGUGAACCAGGGCUCCGACAACCCUGACACCGAGGUUGUCCGCAUUGAGGACUCCUUCAACCGCCUGAUCAGCAGGGUGGGCACACUCGUGAACCGCAGCAUUGCCCUAGUGUCCAGGAUGAGUGACAGGCUUGACAAGGUGCUCCAAAAGGCCUUCCUGAACGACACUGAUGUCCUGAUGGAAGAAAUCAGCUCUGAUCCUUUUUACCCAGCCCGCGACUCAGGUUUCCUGCAGGGUGUGGGCGUGGAAGAGGUGAUGGACUCCUUCUUUGACUUUGGCAAGAGCGUGGUGGAGGAGUUUGGAGCUGUGGUGACCCAGGUGUUCGAUGACCUCAAUGAGGCAGUGGAGGAGGAGAAGAAGAAAGAGAGAAGUUUCCCCCGUUUUCUGCAGAACAGGAAGCUGUGCAGAGACCUUCGCAAACAGACCUCAGAGUGCUGGCAGCUACAGAACCGGUGUGAGGCCUGUCAGGGAGCCCUGCUCACAGAGUGCCCCAGUGUGCGUGAGCUGCAUAUGGAGCUGGAUGAGGUUUCCCAGCUGCUGGAUGUGUCCAAAGAGCAGUAUGAUGAGAUCUUGUCUAUUGUCCAACGCCACACUGAUGAAACCAUCAACUGGCUCAGCAAUAUGGCUACUGAGUUCAGCUGGGUGACUCAGACUGGGAGCAACAGCAGCACACCUGAAAACAUCUUCCGUAUCACCAUGGUGGCGCCAAAGAGCCAUGAAGAGAAUCUAUCUGCCACUGAGACUAAGGUGCAGGUAAACAUCCUCAACUCUCCUGCACUUAUCCUCUCUGUUCCUGGGGAACUGGAGCUCCAGGACCCAGCCUUCAUCCAGUAUGUGGCCCAGGAAGCUCUGGACAAAUACAAAGAGAUGACCAGGUGAAAAGCUUUUAUUUGUUUUAUCA